CUCCUGCCAUCUUCUUCAUACCGGAUUUAUCUCAGUGCUGCAAUCAACUGAGCACACAGAUAAACCACGUCUAGCAAAUGCAAAGUUAUAUGCAAUCAAGACUUUAAGUGGAGAUUGUCAUAUGGGGGAAUCUGGUGAGGAGAAGGCAUUUUCUGAAAUGGCCGGCAAAAAUGAAUCAGGAACUCCCAAAUUUGGACGAGGACGUUUUGUAGCAGUGCCAGCUAAGGUGAAGUCAGCUGGUGGUGAGAAUAAGACAGUUAUAAAGAAUACAGAUUCCCGAAUUCAAUCUCACUGCUCUAUCUGCAUGACAAAGACUAGUUGUCAAACUGUGCUUGCAUGGACAAAACUAAUGACCAUUCUGAUUGAACGAGGAAAGCCACAGGAAGCUGUGUCCAUUUUUGAUAAAUUGAUUGAAGGAGGUCAUGUACCAUCUCUGGUAACAUACACAACUCUGUUGGUAGCCUUGACCACUCAGAAGCGCUUUGAGUCCAUACAUUCAAUCAUCUCACACGUGGAAGGGAGGGGAAUGAAGCCUGAUGUGAUCUUUUUCAACACCGUUAUAGAGGCCUUCAUUGAACCUGGCAACAUAGAAGAAGCAAUGAGAACUUUCUGGAAGAUGAAGGAGAGUGGAUUGCAACCCACUUUUAGAACUUACAAAGCAUUAAUCAAAGGGUAUAGGAAUGCUGGGAAGCCUGAAGGAUCUCUGAAAGUGCUAGACCUGAUGUUGCAAGAAGAAAAUGUGAAACCAGGUCUCAAGACUUAUAAUUUAAUUGUCAGAGAUUGCUGCAACAAGAACAUGACAGAGGCCUGGAAUGUGGUACAUAAGAUGGUAGCUUCAGGUAUGCAGCCUGAUGCUAUUACUUACAACACUUUAAUAACAGCUUAUGCAAGGAAUGGAGAGACUGAUCAAGCUGAACGGGUGAUUUCAGAGAUGCAAAAGAACAAUUUAGCUCUCAAUGAGCAAACUUGUUGUACCAUUAUUAGUGGAUAUCGUAAAGAAGGUAGAAUGAAGGAUGCCUUGAGGUUUGUAUAUAGGAUGAAGGAACUUGGGGUGAAUCCUAAUCUUAUCAUUUUCAACUCUCUGAUCAAAGGUUUUGUUGACAUCAUGGACAGAGAUGGGAUUGAUGAGGUCCUUAGAUUGAUGGAAGAAUUUGGGGUGGAACCACAUGUCAUAACAUUUAGCACAAUCAUGGAUGCAUGGAGUCAAGCAGGAUUUUUGGACAAGUGCAAGGAAAUCUUUGAUGACAUGGUGAAAGCUGGUAUACAGCCUGAUAUUCAUGCAUACAGCAUUCUUUCUAAGGCUUAUGUGCGAGCACAAAAACCAGAGAAAGCUGAAGAACUUCUUACAACGGUGCUUGAGUCAGGGUCCCAUGCAAACAUCGUGAUCUUCAGAACUGUUAUCUGGGGGUGGUGCAGUGCCGGCAGGGUGGAUGAUGCAAUCAGAAUUUUUGACAAGAUGUGUGAAUGUGGAAUUACUCCUAAUCUUAAGACCUUUGAGACCUUGAUUUGGGGAUAUAGCAAAGCCAAGCAACCAGGAAAAGCGGAAGAAACUCUCCAAAUUAUGAAACGGUUCAGGAUUCAGCCUAAGGAAUCUACCAUCUUGCUUGUAGCAGAAGCUUGGCAUACUGCUGGAUUCAUUAAUGAAGCAAAUAGAAUACUGGGCACUAGUAGUUGCAAGACAGAAACGGCAAAAGACAGGUCAGUUGAAAGCUUAGAAGAACUAUAUCACAAGCAAACCACAAGUGCCUUGUCUUCUGAUCAUUUGCAGAUACCAAGUGGUCAAAAGGGGUCAGCUCCAUCACUUAGAAGAGGUCGGUUGUUGAAGAGAGAUGCUAUUUUUCAACAGGAAAGCUCUGGAUUGUCUACAAAAUCUAUCUACAUUUCUCAUAGUUGUAUAUUUGGGGCUAGGUAUCCAAUUAUUUGCCAGAAGCAGUCCCAAAGGCAGGUUCGUAUGUAUGGUCAGCUUUCAACUUCAUGUGCAGCAGUUUUCUUGAACUGAAUGGGACACAAAAUGUCUGCCUCUGCAUCUCUUUGUUGUAUUUUCCUCCAAGGGAGACAAGAAAAAGGGAAAAGCAACUUGCUGUCAAAAUUGUAAUUGGGGAGGGAGUGCCCUCCACGUUCAUGAGCCUCUCUUUUCUUUCAGGUGCACUGAAGAAUGCAAGUACUGCUUCUUUUGUAUCUACUGACAAUUGAUUUUUAGUUUAUCUAAUCAAGUUUACAUCAAGAUUGUAUUGAUAUGUUACAUAUCAUCUGCCUUGCAUGUUAACCAAUUCUUAGCAUCCUGUUUUCUAU